CGCCUCUCCCUCUCAUCCACGUUGACGUGCAGAUCUCUGUUGAGUGUUGCUUCGGCGGGAGAGUCUGGCGCGCGAGGGGAGAGAGAAAAUGGCGGGAAGUAUGAAGAAGACAACCUGGCCGGGGAGCCCGGAGGAGAGGCACAACCCGUGUGUGUGAGGACAUCGGGGGCCAAGUCCCGGCUUGGGGCCGGCGUGUUUCUCCGGAGGAACGGACCGCCAACAUAAAUGCCAUCGGUGCUAAAACAUUGAGGAACAUCGGCUGAAAGUACAUCUAUGACAAGUGUCCUGCUGGAGCUGCACAUGGUGUCGUCAAGCAGCUCCCUGACUACGACUGUAUCCGCAGUGCUGUGUGCUGGCUACAUUUCUGAUCUCCAUCCAGUUCAGGGGGCACAUUUUUUUUGGAAUAA